AUGAUAUAUCCAUGUUAUUAUUCUUGUUCACUCGUCCUAGAAACCAAGUGAAGGAUCUUUUUCGGUGCGGCGCGGGUAAUCUCAAUCAGAGUAUUUGUUCGCCAAAAUAAGCUCACUCAAUUAAUUAUAAUCUAGGACUACGCUUCGACCGAAAAUUGUGGAUUCUCAUCGAUUUGAUAGGGGCGAUACUUACGGAUUUACAUCAGCCUAUUCUAUAUCAGUAACAUGGCUCUCAGUUACACAAGACUGCUCUGCAGACGCAAUUUGGCUAUCAAUAAUUUUCGUGGAUUCUACACCAGCAAAAAUCUUGCCAUUUCCUCAACAAAUACUGCCUUAGAAAGAGUUGUCUUUGAUGAAAGCCAUGACCAAAAGAAUAUGCGCCUGAAGAGACCAUUGUCCCCCCAUUUGACAAUUUAUCAAGUACAAAUAACGUCUCUGCUUUCGGUCACGCACAGAGCUACUGGAAUAAUCUUGUCUGGAUAUGCAGCUAUAAUUGGCCUGAGUACACUUUUUAUGCCUGGUGGAGUAAAUUGUCUGAUUGCUGGUAUUCAUGGCUUGUGUCUACCAACUGCUGUAGUUUUACUAGGCAAAACCGCACUCGCGUUCCCAGCAACGUUUCACUUUUGCAAUGGAAUUCGGCAUCUAGCUUGGGACUUGGGGAUGUUUCUUACUAUUAAAGACGUCUAUACCACUGGAUACAUUAUGGUGGCAUCAGCAGGUGUUUUAGCUGUGGUAAUGGCACUACUUUGAAACUGUUACAGGAGAACAGACUUGUGAAAGUAAGUUUCGAAAUCAACUACUGGCUAGUGGAAACAAUUGAGCUGAGAUUGCCAUGCCAUAGUCAAGUGUCCAGCAUAUACUUAAUUGAAGAUCCGAAUGCAUGGUUUUUGGAACCAAAGGAGCUCAAUUAUAAUUGGUGAUUGGUUGCUGAAAAACAGGAACGUAAUAAAUAACAACUUUAUUUUUUACAAAACAUACACACUUUGAGACCUUAA